AUGAGUACAACAGAAUAUAACUUCAAAGAGAUAACAGAUAACCUAAUAGCUGCCUAUGCAAAGCAUUGUCUCGCUUUGGCACAAAGAGUGUCAAUUUCAAAAUUAGCGUUGAAAAAAUUCAAUUCUUUACAAGCAAGAGAUAAGCCAUUGAUUCAGCAAGUGCUAAGUAUAUCGAAUUGUAUGGACCGAUAUAAUGAUCCUGUUGCAUUGGAUAAAGUACUUGAUACCAUAGAUCUACCAAAGAUAUAUCUGGCUAUCGAUAAACGAAUGUCUGAGGAUAAAAAUACUAAAUUUGCCUAUGAAGAUUAUCUUGUCAUGGAGCUUUUGCAUUAUUUCAAAAGAGAUUUUUUCAAAUGGAUAACUAAGCCAAAAUGCCCCGUGUGUCACGAAUCGGGUGACAAUAUUUCUUCCAUUGGCACAGCUGCUCCACCUGCUGUCAAUCCUGAUGAAAUUUCGAGAAUAGAGAAGUAUAGCUGUUCUAAGUGUGGGACCUCCAUUGAGUUCCCACGGUACAAUAAUGCUUCAAAAUUGCUAGAUACAAGGUGUGGAAGGUGUGGUGAAUGGGUCAAUUGCUUCUUAUUGAUCUUAAAAUCACUUUUAGCCACUAACUCUAGAGUAAGAUACGUAUGGAACCAUGAAGAUCAUGUGUGGUGUGAGUACUACAGUACCAGUCUUAAAAGAUGGGUACAUUUAGACCCCUGUGAGGAUGCAUUUGAUAACCCAACCUUAUACUGUCAGAAUUGGGGCAAAAAGAUGAGUUUUGUUAUAGGAAUUGGAGAGGGCUAUGUAAUAGAUUUAAGCGAUAAGUAUAUUACUGUUCCAGGAAAGCAAAUAGACAAAAGGACGCUCAUAUCGAAUGCUAGACUAGUCGACACAUUUAUCACCCUAAUCAAUUAUGAAAAAUUGCUCAGGUAUUACAUCGAAUUCAUUGACAUUCAACCUUCCCCUGGACAUCAAAAGCUACUCAAUUUGUACUAUGACAUUAUACUUAUGAACAAUGUCGAGAAAUUGCAAAUCUCUCAAAGGCAUCCUUCGCCUUCAACUAAUUCAGAUAUGCCUAAGGGCCGGCAAACUGGAGGUCCAGAAUGGACUAAAAAUAGAGGCGAAGACGGUUAA